UUGUGUCUCUUCUUCCUUCCCCUCAUUCAUUCCCACAUUCAUUCAUAUAUAAAUAUAUGUCCAAAACCCUUCAAUUCAAUGCUUUUUUCCACCACUUAUUCCCUCUAGAACCUUUUAUUCUCUGCCACUAUUUUCUCACAUUCACCAAAACAAAUCAAACCAUGAUCAAAGAGUUUAUGAAAUCUCAAGUUAUGGUUCUCAUUGUUCUUGCUCUUCUUCUUGCAAUCACACCCUUGUUACCUUCUUCUCUUAGACCUACCUUUUUGUACUUCAUCUUCAAUGUUCUCAUCAUUGCACUUGGAGCUGAAGCUGGUCUUCUUUCUGCUUUUUCUAAGCCUAUAGAAGACAGAAAGCAGCCACCCCAAGAAGCAGCCAUAGCUGAAAAAAGGGAAGCUUCAAGCAUUGUUGUUAUUAAUGGAAGUGAUGUCUCAGAACAUGAGGAAAAGAAGCAUAGUAUGGUUGUUGAUAAGUGUGUGAUUAAUAAUAAUAGUGAAGUAGAUAAGGUUAAAGAGUACAUAGGAGAAGCUGAUGAAGAAGUCAUGGUCAUGGAGAUUGAGGAGGAGGAAUUUGAAAUGGAAGAAGAGAUUGCUGGUGUUAAUGGCCAAGAGCUCUUUGCAAAAGCUGAGGCCUUCAUUGGAAACUUCUAUAAGCAGCUGAAGAUGCAAAGAGAAGAAUCUUUGGUUUAUUAGGCUGUGUUUGGUUAGUGUCUUAAAAUGUAAAUACAGAAGUAAUGUCCUUAGUUUUUUUCGGACAAAAAAUUGAACAAGUUUUUCGUUUAAGACGGACAUAUUUUACUUGUUUCUGUACAUGUUUCUUUCUCUAAAUAGAUUUGUAUCUUUCGAUAUUUAUAUAUUUCUAUUCUAAGACA